AUGCCGGGUAAUGUGGGGAGAACCUCGGGAAAGAUGGCGGCGUCCUCAUCAGCAGGACGCGUUUUGACUCUUUGCAAGCAGUUUCAAAAUAUCUGCAGGUUAUCUCCAGCUGUAAAUGCUCCGAAAUAUACUGCUAUUCUCAGCAAAUACCAGUCUCAUCUUUCAAGGGAGAAGUCUGCACCCUUGGCCCUGUCUUGGUUCCGUCCCAUCAGCUCUGUGUCUCAGUGUCGAGCUCUGCACACCAGCAUCAGCAGAAGAGGGCUGGAUGAGUUCUUUGACCUUCCUGAGAACUGGGGAGAAUCAGCUGUGAAGUCAGGUGCACCAUGGACUGCCAAACAACUGAGGACGAAGAGCAAUGAAGAUCUACAUUCACUCUGGUAUGUGUUGCUGAAAGAAAAGAACAUGUUGCUCACAAUGGAGCAGGAAGCAAAAAGGCAGAGAGUUCAGAUGCCAAGUCCUGAAAGACUGAGGAAGGUUGAGCGGUCGAUGAUCAGACUGGAGACGGUGGUGAAUGAGAGGGAGACUGCACUGCGUUUGCUGCAGACAGGACAAGAGAAAGGCAGACCAGGAGCCUGGAGGAGGAACUUAUUUGGAUAUACUUACUGGUAUCGAUUCAAAGAGUAUGCCAUUCCUUGGUACAUGAACACAAGGUACAAGCGAAAGGCGUUCUACACCCCGAAGUUUGUUGAGCCACACAUAAGACUGCGCAUUGAGAGGUAUCUUCGAGACAGGGCCAGGAAAGCUAGCUUCAAGAGGCAAAGUCUUGCCAAACUCAAGGAGACGUUCCCCCUUAUGAAAGUUCCUGCAUCGUAAAACUCAGGAACACUUUGUGACCGGUGUUUUUUGAGAACUAAGUCACAAGGCCUUUGACACUUUGUCAACAGACCAUGUGGAUAAGAGUCUGACAUGGCUCAUGUCAAAAUAACCAUGGAGGUCAAAAACUGUGGUCCUGUGUAGAUUCUGAAUUUAUUUGUGCAACUGUUAUUUGGUCUUGUAAAAUAAAUUAUACUUAAUCACCAUGAA